AUGGCCUACGAAAGAGAUCCAGAGAGACAUGCAAGCCAAGUCAAAAUGUAUCAAUCGGCCUUUAGAACACAGGCGUUGCGCGAUCAGGAAGAUGUUAUCCACCUACAUAUCGACACGCUCGUCAAACAGCUACUGCGCCUCAGUAAUGCAAAUGGUAGCGUUGACAUGGCACGAGCUGCGGAAUGGCUCACAUUUGACAUUAUAGGCGAUCUGACCUUUGGGGAGUCGUUCGGUGCCGUCGAGAAAGCUCAAUCGCACGCAUGGGUCGACAUGCUCCUCAACGCGCUCUACGGCACCACGGUCAUGGCAAUGACCAAGCGAGCGCCCAUCCUCCAAUAUCUGUUGCCAUGGCUUAUUCCAAAGAGUGCUCUGGAGAGCUUGGCCUUGCACCAACAGUUCACGUUUGAGAAAGUGAGACGACGCAUCGAGAUUGGCGAUUCUAACCGCCGCGAAGAUCUAUUUGCUCAUGUCAUCCGCAACAAGCUCCAGACUGAAGAGCAGAUGGUACAAGAAGCCACCUUGUUUCUUAUGGCUGGCGCCGAAACGGCUGCCACAACGCUUACCACGGCCUUUUAUUUCAUUAUCAGGCACCCAGAUGUCCAGCAAAAACUCCACACUGAGCUGGACAAGGCAUUCAGUUCGUAUGAGAGCAUUACCGGCGAUGCAGUAGCCAAGUUGCCAUAUCUGAAUGCGGUUCUGGAAGAAACGAUGCGCACAUUCCCUCCAGUUCCUCCAGGUCCACCGCGCGUCUCACCAGGUGAGUAUGUCGACGGUAUUUACGUUCCCAAAGGCACCUACGUCUCCACCGACAUCAUGAGCCUGCACCGUCAUCCUCUCAACGCCCCAUCUCCGCACACCUUUGACCCCGAGCGCUGGCUCAAGAAUGACCGCGAGAAACCCUACACGGCACCGUUUAGUAUUGGGCCGAGGAUGUGCAUCGGGGUGAACUUGGCCUGGCUGGAGAUGAGGGUCACCCUGGCCAAGAUUGCCUACGCGUACGACUGGAAGUUUGCAACGGACCCGGGGGAUUGGCCCAACACUUGUCGACUGACACAGUUGUGGAAGAAGCCGGCGUUGAAGUGCCUGUUUUCGCCACGGUCAACGGAACAUUCCCACAAGGCCUAG